UGAAUAUUCUAAUAACUCUUCUAACUGAAAUUUGUUUACCGUCAAUUGCAGCUAGAAAUACAUUUUGCAGAUUGCAUUUCCAAUUGCAGUUGCAAUUUUUAGUGAACCAACCAUCUUCUACAUGAUAAUAAAUCUUCAGUCAGAUUCACCGAAAAGAGAAAAUCUAGAAAAUGCAAUAAUGCCACAAAGGCGAGAUCCAAAACACAAUCACAUAGCUAGCAGAUCGUUUAUCAGAUGCAAUAUUUCCCAUGGUCAGAUGAGACAUAGGAGACCAUGAUUCUUGUUAAACGAACAAAAGUGACAUAGGAAGGGAAUUGCUAGAUUUCUUGCAUGAUAGUCUAUUACAGAGGCAAAGCUUUAUUUCAUUAUAAUAAGUAGCUUUGUGACCUUUGUCUCUAUCCUAUUGAAAUGAAUAGAUAAUAUAUCGGAAAGAAAAGGUCAUACACAUUGCAGAGUCUUCAUUUAGAAUACAAGUACAGGUUGACUAUGUCUGCUAAAGCUGAAUUUACGCUAUUCAAGUAUUAAAACUACAAGGUAAGAACCUUAACAGACAUGGAUGUAAAUAAAAAGAAAGUUUAAGGUAAAAAAUUCUUUGUUAGCGUCUGUUAAUCUCAUUCUGAGUUAUUGACCAUUGUAAGUUAAUGGCGGGUAAUGUUCUUUACUUUCGUUUCACCCAUCAGGAGAUGAUGUUUCUGGAACUUGUGAACAAUCAACUUCUGAAAAGCUAAGCUUUAUUGAUAAGUGAAUUAUAGAUGACGAAAAUAUCACAUUACUUGCAUAUCAUUCUUGAGAAAAUGAAUAUAGAAUUAAAUCAGGCUUGAACUUUUGAAGUGAUAAAUUACACAAUAUAACCCAAAUUUUUGGUCUCUGGAAGGAAAUUUACAAUUAUUAUCUUCCUUAGAGGCAAGCAUGAUCCAGAAAAAAAAUAAAAAUAAAACUAAUUUUCAAAUACAAGCUGAGUUUUGUGUGCUACCUAAUCAGACAGUCAAGACAAAUAAGAAACGAAAGAAUAUUGUAAAAUGUUAAUCAGUGCUUUGACUUGGGCAUAACUCCUCUCAUAUCUAGACUUGAGGAGUCAUCUAAUAUAGGUAUAUAAACAAUAAUGUCAAGAACUAAAGCAGUCCUGAUAAUAAUUCUCUGCAUUGAACAUAUUUCACAGAACAACAACAUAUUAAAAACUGGAUUCUAUUUUCAAAAAAAUAAUACAGAAGGUACUGAUGAUGUCACUGUUUGUUUUGUUUGUUGAAGAAACAACCAACAAGAUCUGUUCAACAUAUUUGGAUUGUUGUAUAUUACUACAAAUUUCUUCGGCAUAAACAAUUCGUCAUCAGUUUUGACGUUUGUAGCAACUGAACGCACUGUUCUCUACCGUGAAAGAUAUGCAGGAAUGUACUCUCCAUGGGCCUACUCAUUUGCACAGAUGGUUAUUGAGAUUCCUUAUGUAUUCAUCCAAGUAGGACUGUUCAUGGUCAUCAUAUAUCCAGCAAUUGGGUUUUAUUGGUCGGCUUAUAAGUUCUUAUGGUUCUUCUUCACAAUGUUCUGCACAUUGCUCUAUUUUGUUUACCUAGGAAUGUUGAUUGUUUCUUUGACCCCUAAUGUUCAAGUCGCUUCAAUAUUGCAAUCUCCCUGCUAUGCCCUUUUAAAUCUCUUCUCAGGCUUUAUGGUCCCAAGCCCAACUUGAGAUCAAAAUGACAUCAAGAUUUUAAGGAAUGAAGUAAGCAACUGAGGAAGACAACUUAAAAUAGCAAUUGUAAACUAUUUGCAAAUCCAAGUUGUAUAUUUAUUUAAGUUGUAAAUUAAUUGUAAUUACAACUAAAUUUUCUUAUACAGUCUCACAAGUAUUUUCUUAAAAUUAAUUGCAAUUAUUCUAUAAACAACAAACAAGUCUCACAACAGAAUAAGUCUCACAACAAUACUCAAAAUUAA